AGCACCUUGCCAUCUCCCACCCUUCCUCCUGGAAUCCCUCGUAUAUUGUGUACUACACCCGGUGAAUUAUGGGUUUCCUCCCCCUUCUUUUUUUUUCUCGCCAACAAUUCUGAACAUAGACUCAGAUAUCAACCCGUCACGACUCUUCAAACGCCCAUUCCCCAAUUCUCACAGCUACGUAGGCUGUAUUUGGCUCUGCCCUUGACCCAGGAAGCUCCUGCUCCACACACUCGGUAGUAUUAUUACUGCUAUUAUCAUAAAGAGGGUGGAGUGCCUGGCCUGAGCCGCUGAUCACCAAGACUACCAGAACUCUGCCCACAGAGACAGAGAAGCGCCUUCUUUGUCAACCAGCCUCCAUUGAAGUCGCCUCAACCCUCCAGUACAGGGAGGACUUUGGGUGCUUUCUUGGAGGUAGCUGUCUAUGUGUGGAGGAUUACGUACAACGCCAGAAGAAAUGGUUGGACAGUUAUAACAAGCUUUGGUACCUCGCUCACCUCGCCGACUCAUUCUAUGGAAACUGCUUGGAACGAAACCUUAUGGUCUAUCGAUAAUUGGGGAGAAUUAACUGAUCUAUCACAAUCAUGAGUUCGUCAACGCCAGCACCUAGAGAGGGCAAGGAGAAGAGAGGCAUGGAUAAGGUUCUUUAUAGGGUCAAAACUGUCUUUCACAGAAAAGGAAGCAGCUCCCGCAAAGGCGCCUCGAGCACACCACCUGCACCUGCAGCAGCUUCUGCACCUCUAAGCCAACCCGCUCCACCAACCCCGCCGAAGAAAUUACCAGAAUAUGAGGGUGCCACGAGGAUACCCAGGAUCCAAGUCCACGAGGAACGCGCGAAGAAGCUUGGUGCCCGGUUUGGUUUGGAAAUCAAGCCUAGUGAAUGGCACAGCUCCGAGGGUGAGGUUCUCCGGGUUGAUAAGCCAGUGCGCAUGCGAAUUCAUCGAGAGUGUCACCGAUGCAAAUCACGUUUUGGCGCCGGCAAUGUAUGUCCUUCAUGUCAGCACACUCGAUGCAAACAGUGCACGCGAUAUCCAGAACAUCAGACCGAUGCCGAGCGACAGGCCAAUCGAGAGAGGAGAGAGGCCCUUCUUCAGAAACACAAAGACAUGGCUCCUAUACUCCCAAGCUACGACUAUUCUCCACAAGCUCAGCAGAUUGUGCUCACACGUCCGAGGAAAACUGGGACCCAAGAUCUGGUAUACAAGGGUCGUCCUCGCAUGCGUGUGAGGAGGUACUGUCACGUCUGCGAGAACCUCAUCACCUCCCACGCCAAACAAGCCAGAACUUGCGAACGGUGUGAUCACAAACGCUGUGCUGACUGUCCCCGGUACCCGGACAACAAGAAGAGCUACCCCUACGGGUAUCCCAAUGACGAGCCCGGUUCUAAAUUUAAAGGCGUAUUCGCUUGCCACGAAUGCAAAACCAAGUUUGACCCUCAAGCAGAAGAUGGAACCCAAUGCUCAAAGUGCGCUCAUGAAAAAUGUUCGGAAUGUCCACGUGUCAAGCCGAGAAGAGUCGAACCAGAGCCUGACCCUGAAGUGUUGGAGAGUUUGCGGCUUCGCAUGGCCGCGUUACAAACAUCGGAAAGCUGAAAUUCUUACUCAGCAAUCCGAACCCAACGCAACUUCAUCAAGAGGAAUCCAAUUACGUAUCGCGAACGACUACCUUUUUCUUCCAUACUUCCUCUGUUAUUUCUACAGCUUCUCUUUUUUCGCAUCUAAUAUAGCGAACGUUACGACCAGUGAUGACGACAUCGAAGGAGGAGCCUUACAUAGAAUGCCUUCACUUCAUGGAGUUCAUCUCGGCGCAUUGGUUAUUAUUUUGGCAUAGCCAGGGCGACGAAUAUCAUUCAAUCUUGCGAUCAACGACGACAACAUGAACCGCAUCAAAUUCACGUCAGCAUACAACAUCGCAUUUUGCAAUUUGGGGGAAUAUCAUGCAUGAUGUGUUUUUUUACACUCAAUAAAACUUCCUCGUUUAUAAACACACUCGAGUUCUGGCCAUCGAAUACAAGAACAGAAAAGAGACUGCCAGCUUGGCAAAUAAGAUAGAUGGUGUUGAUUCCUAAGCCUGGGUCACUUACAAUCUUCCUAUGCACCACCUCACGCCGCAACCUUGCCUUCAGUUGCUUCAACUUAAGUGUAUCUACGCCCCCAAGCAUGUUUCAACCGGAAAUAAAAUAGGAGGAAAAAAUUAAAGAAACUCAAUUUCAGUAUGA